ACGAGAUCAAUCACCACGACAUAUCCCCACGAGAUCAAGACUCGAGAAUAAAUAAUUCUGAAUGUGAAGCUACCAACAAAAUACCUGGUCUCCCAAGCCGGUAUCUGCUUUGCAAGUUCUUAAAACCAGCCCAACAAACCCCAAUCCACCUCACAAUGGCCCAGGCUCAGAGCCCCACAAUCCAGGUAGAGGAAACCCAGUACGACGCCAACAAGGAGCCAUAUGUCCUGACACCAGCGACUCCCUGCACCAGGCCGGACCCAGCCCAAACACCUCCACUCGGCCCCGUGCCCACUCUGCCAUCUCAAGUCCCGGUUCCGCAGAGCCCAAGCCAAGAGAGCGACGAUGGCAGCUCUGAGCACUCAGGUGAUGGGUCUGGGGAGGAGCGCUGUGAAGAGGAAAAGGUUGAUCCGCACGUGCUUCCUCAGUUUGACUGGGAGAGGCUGGAAGCAGAGUACCUCACUUCUAUGAACAGGGCGAACGAUGUUGAGGCCAAGCUCGGUGAUGAGUUUAGGGCGCUUGCUAAUUUCUUCGCUCAAUGGUCCAAUGUGUCGCUUGCACAGGACGAGGAGAGGGCUGCGAAACGUUUCAGGACGAGGCAGGAGCAUGUGUAUCACUCGGAGGACAAGUUUUCCAAGAAAAAAGAACACCAUGAGGAGGUGGUUAUGGCGCUUAAAUCUAUGAUGGCGCUUUUGCAUGGUAACUGAGUGGUUGUUGUGAGGGGGUGCAAUGAGAUAUCCAAGAGCUUGGAGUGAAUGGAUGGUUGGGGAGGCUGUGGUGUGAAGUAGGCUAUCAAGGUCAGGGGACGGAAACGUGGAUGGCUAAGCUCUUUGAUAGAGCUGAGGAAGACCAGAAGACUUCUUGGAGCAAAUAAGAGUCGCUUCAGAGGACCGUCCAGCUAGGAGCGGGCGUAUUGGCUUGGUUGCUUUGCUUUUCAAUUAGCGCAUCCAACAUCAAAAAGCCAGGACGGUGACGAUAUGUUACAACUACAUGCUUUGAUGAAGCAUUGCUAUUGCUGAGGGAGAUAAAUGAACAUACAUAGUUAUACAUAAUACCAAUCACAAUUCCAAAACAGUCAAAUUUCA